AUGCCAGUUCGCGAGGCACUAGGCGAUUCCGGCGUCAUAGUCGUUCGUUCACUGCCCCAGCUACCCGGCACGGAGCUGAAGACAGCUCUCUGGCGACUUCGAUGCGGCCAGGAGGCCUCGACCCCGACGGCCAUGGCCCGAGUCCCUGUUCCGCGGGCCGGGGAAGCGAGGCUAGAAGAAGAGGAUGUGGAGCAGGUUUACAACAUCCUGCAGUGGUACGGCACCGUGGUGAUUGACAUGCGGGAGGGGGACGUGGAACGUCUGGCCGAAAGCUGGGUGUGCCCGGACAUGGCGGCGUUAGCCAAACUGACUUUCCGUGAUGAUGCUCUGGUCAUCGGGCACCUGCCAGCAGAAGCAGAGUUGGUCCUGCAGGGUCGUGUUCGGAGGUGUGUCUACACCGUCGGAUCGGCCGUGGUGGAGCCCUUGCUAUGUUCCUUCAGGGUCUUGAGCGCUCCGCCCGCAAAGAAGCGCCCCGUUCUGCCAAAUGUGAUUGGUACCAGGCUGGUGGUUGGUCACCAGGGGCAUGCAGCAAAGCUGGAUGAGUGGUCGAAGCAUCUGAGCAUCAUCGGCGUGAUCAACCUUGCACCGAACGUCGUACCCAGCAAACUUGAUGCCAUUCCGGACAGGGCCUUCUAUCACGAAGUGUGGCACUCCGAUGCCAUGCCAUUGUGGGACACGGCUGAUGACGGCCGCCGGCUCCGUGACGUGCUGCCAGAGACACUCGCAGUGAUCGACAGGGCUCUCAGGGAAGGUAGAUCUCGGGCUGCCUCGAUUGCAGCAGCGCAUCUUCUGACUCAGAAUUCCAGCUGGACCCUCUUUGAUGCCGUGUCUCUUGUGGCAUCGAGAAGACCGGAGACAGAGAUUAACUUGUCCUAUGCGCAGUCUCUGGACGAAUUCGCACUGUCUCUGGGAAGGGAGCCGGCUCUUGACCAAGUUCGACGAGAGCUUCCGCAGCAUCUGCGUGGUGGCGCGGUCGCGCAGGACUGGCGUGACAAGAUGCUGGAUGCAUGA